AUUCUAUAAUCUCUGCUUGCCUGUUAAUGCAGCUGAUGUAUUGAAGGAGAGGAAAUGUUUUAUGUUUUGGAAGCAAGGGAGGACGGAGCAUUCCAUGUGAUCAUUGAUUGGCCAAUCAGUGAUCACAUGAAUAGUAGUAAGCAAGAUGUCACUUCUGACAUCAUUGCUUACUACUAGUGAAAUCUGUGAAUGAUCACAGAGAUCACAUGGUACAAGGCUAUUCACAACAGCCUUGUACCAUGUGACAAGCUGUGACCAAUCACAGCUCUC